AUGGCGCCUCCCAUGCCUCCCCUCUCACUCUCAGCAUCACAAAGCACAAUCACGAUUCUGAAGAUUUUUCCGAAACCUCCUGCUCCGGAGAGCUGCAGCAAUAACUUCGCUUUUGGGGCCAAAUUCGACGGCAGGAGGGCACUUCUAUGCGGCUUGGUCGCUGCUGCUGCUGGCACCAUGCUGGGCCCAGACAUCGCCGGUGCUGCUUCGAAGAGGCGGCCUCCACCACCAGGGCCGGCAGAAGAGAAGAAAGACCCGAAUGUUAGCGGUGUGCAGGCUAAGUUGAGAAUAAAAUACAACUAUCUUGCUUGUAUGCAUUUUGUUCCAAAUAAUCUGUUGCGUGCAUUCGUGUUCUUGCCACAGACUGAUUUGGAAACUCAAAGUAAGCUUCAGGCCACCGGCCUCAGCGCCAUUGAGCUCGUCAAUGGCCCUCUCCCCAUCCUCACGUCUCUUGAAGACGACAACGCCGAAGUUCAUGCGGACUUCACUCUUGCAGCCACAAAUGUCAUUCCUGAACCUGGGAACAUCCCACAUCAGCAGCGGCCCGAACGGGCUGAAGAGGUUCUCGAGCUCCCACACCCUGAAGCCCGGCGGCACGUUGCUCACGCGUAUGAAACGCCGCAGGAACUUGCGAUGAUCCCUGGAGGUUAUUCUGUGUUCUCCGAGAGGGCAUUCUCCUCUGCAGGUAUCACCGAAAUACCACCCAAAGAUGUAGUUGAAAGGGCAGAAGUGCUCCAUGUGGUCGUCACCGUCAUCUCCGCAGAUGUAACAGAUGUCUUGCUCUGA